UCGGAAUAUCAAUUCUUGUUUUUUGCUGACUGCUGGGUGCUGUCAUAAUUUUCUUAUUUUCGGGUAUUUGGGGAUGAUAUUGCCUUUAGCUUGGAAUCGUUCCAAUUUCGUAAAAUAAACUGUUUACCUCUUAAGAUUAAGCUUACUCACCGGGUCAUCGUUAUGAAUCCGCAGUCCUUUGUGUCGUGCGUAUUUUAAUAUUGACUUCGAAGGAAGUCAAUAGUUGUAUUUUGUGGGUCCUAUACCAGUAUUUCUGCUUUAAAAUGGGUUCAGUGCACAUAGAAUGUGAUACAAAACGCGAAUUGGAUGAUAGCGGCUGCGUACAAGAUGAUUUCGUCCACAACAGCUACAAUCAAAUAAAUUUAUUGGAUUUAUCCGAUGAUGUUCUACUGUACGUUCUACGUUAUUGUUCACCAAGAGAUUUGAAAGCGCUUGGAUUCUCGUGCAUUCGUCUCGGGCGUCUUGUUCGUGAGCGCUCGUUGUGGAGGCGAGUCGACACGACCGCGGUACCCUGCAGCCAAGCGAGGCUGAAAUGGCUCCUCGAUAACACCCUCCAUCAAGAUACCCGUGCAUUAAUGAUCACUGGAUACGCUAGGAACGCUGACGGAUGUCUUGGACUCAUAAACGUCACGCGCAAGGAAGCCGCCGAGGAGAAGGACGAGUCCAGCGAAAGCGAAGCAGGUACGAACAAUGAACCUAAUAUAUGUGAACAGAUCCACGAAAUCCCGAUCCCGGUGCACUUGGAGAGACAUCACGCGAGGCUCUUCAUCAGUGCCCAGAGGACUCCAAAUCUGCCGAGAUAUCGUGGCUUCCCGUCGUGGACCGACGAGACCGACCUGGGCCGCAGUGGGCCGCAGCGGUGCAACGGGCCGCAGUUCUCGUUCUCGCCGAAGCUCCUCCAGCAGCUGGUCGCCACCUGCACGCAGUUGACCACGCUCGCCGUGGAUUACUGUAAUAUUGAUUGUAAUCGGACGACCCUCGGUCACUUUCCGAAGAUGUUGAAGAAGCUUUCGCUCCGCGGGACGAGGUGCUUCAAUAUGACCGUCGAUAAAUCGUUCCUGUUCAAGAUUCAAGAUCAUCUACCGUUUUUGGAGAGUCUCAACGUUUCGGAGUGCGAGUGGAUGGAUCCAGCGACGCUGCUGCCGCUAAGCAAGAUGCCGAAACUCGAAGAGCUGUUCAUGCGUGACUGUCCCAAGCUGGCCGAGUUCGUGGCGUACGCUUCCCUGACAUCCAGAUACGGGUUCAGGACUUUGAGGUCCCUGGACCUGCGCGGCUCGCCGGUGGGCGACUCCGAGGUGUCGGCGCUGGGCUGGCUGCCCAACCUGGAGAACCUGUGGCUGGCGGCGCGGCGGCACCGCUCCGUGCGCUUCAAGCACCACCACGCGCACUACGCCGACGACCCUCGCGUCGCGCACCACCAGCUCGACCGCUGGGAGGCGCGGGAACCGGAUUACUUCAAAUCGAAAUCUAGUUCGGAUUCGAGCGAAUGCACCGAGAUGGACAAUCCUCAGCCGUCGAGCAGCCGUGCGGUGCCGGUCGCUGGGGGUCGUGCAAAAAACGAAACAUCGGAAGCGUCCAACACUAAGACCGACAGGGAUAAAGAAGGUUCCUCGAAGAGAAAACCUGAAGACGGUAGCGGCGAAAGCGCCGAUGUGAACGGUAAAUCCCCGCUGAGCAAACGUCAGAAGGUCAAUAAUGAUUCGAAUGAAACGAAGAACGGUAACACACAAAACGCGGGCCCAAUGAACGUCGCCAAUGAUGCUCAGAAUCAGAGCAAUGAUUCGAAAAACGAAGAAUAUCCCAAGAACAGGAUUAUGAAGAUCAACUGCGAGAUAAACGUAAAUGUUAUCGGCGUGAUCGAGACCGAUAGUGACGAUCCCGACGCGAUAAACGAGGACGAUAUCGAUAGAUUCGAUAACCCUGAACCGAGGAACGAGAACGAUAACCCGAGGAAUGACGAAAACGGUAACAGUGCAGAACCGAACGCGCAAAAUGUUCAAAAUUUAAAUAGAGAAGCUCAAGGCAACGAUAAUGCUCGGAAUGAAAAUUUUCGUAUGCAGAACGCUAGAGGCGGCAGUCCUGAUUGUAUAGUCGAUUGUAUUAAAAUCGAUCAGUUAAUCGACGUCGGGGAACUCAGAUGUGGAAGGCAGAACGAAGUUAUCGUAAUAGCGAGUACAUCGCGAGCCAAAGUGAACAAUACAGCUCGCCAGGAGGACGGUCACCAAUCCACACCAGGAGGCCAGAAACAGGAGGCCGGGCAGGCUGAUAAUGUUAAAGUUGAGGAAGCCGCGAAGCCAAAAAAGGAUGAACGGAACGAUCCGGAACCCAAGCAGAAUCUAAAACGUCCGAAUGAGAACGUUAACGAGGGCGCGUCGACUUCGAAGGACGGAGAGAAAUCCGACGAACCGAAAGAGAAGUAUGUCUGUUUUCGGAAAAAUCAAGAGCCGGUCUACGUGAAUUGCCUGCCCGAGAAUGCGGCCAAUCAGAACCAGCAGAAUCAGAGGCGGGAACCGCUGCCGCCAAUCCAGUACCAGAUUGAGCCGCGACACCACGUCCUGUACGUCAGCGUCGGCCCGCAACUGAACACGUACCGCUUUCCCCGCGAUUCGUCCGAAUUAGAUCGCCAUUUGAAUUUGAACUUUCGUUCCACGCACGUGGACUCGAGUUCGCUCGUCACGGAUUUCGCGAUGCGACGUUUCGGUCGCGCUGACGGGGAGGACGUUAACAUAAUCCACAUCGGUCCCAAUGGUCCGAUGGUCGUCGGUCACGAUACCGGUUCUAGACCGGACCGGUCGAAUCUACGUUUUCUGUCCGUUACCGGUUAUAGGAAUAUCACGGAUCGGAGUCUAGUUCACCUCGCGACAGCCGCUCCGAAUUUGACGAGGAUCGAUUUCACGGACACAAACAUCAGCGAAAACGGCGCGGAGAAUUUCCGAGGCAUUCGACCGGAUUGCGAAUUGAUUUUUAGCAAAUACAAAGAUAAUAUGGAUUAAUUUGCAUUCAUCGUACGCCUGUAAACAGAUCUCACUAAUUGAUUUUAAUUUUACUCGAAUUUUAAUCGAUAUAGACCGACAUGAAGGUUUUAAUGGAUAUUUUUUUUUAAUGUUUGAAAUCUUUAAAAGGAAAUCAUCGGACCUCAUCUCGGAACGUUUCAAAAUUAUUAUAAUAAAUUAUUAUCAUAAACAGUAGUUUAUAGUUAAUGAUAUUUUGAUUAAAUGUUCUAAGUGUAUCGGUGUAAUAAAUGUAAAGGUGGAUGCAUACUGUUAAAACGACACGCUG